AUGCAGGCUCUCUUCUGGGGCGAGUCAAAGCCCACCCACCCAGACGCCCAACCCGCUCAACCCGCCGUCGCCUCUCGCCCUCUGGCCGCCAACUCCAACUCGCUCGCCGGCCGCGCCAUCGUCGUCAGUGGUUGCGCAUCCGGCAUCGGCCGCGCCGUCGCCCUCCAACUCGCCGCAGCCGGCGCUCGACUCGCCCUCACCGACAAGGACGCUCACGGCGGCCGCGACCUGUGCGGCGACAUCAAGCAGGCCCAUCCAGACUGCGACGUCGCGUUCGCUGUUCUCGACGUCACCGACGAGGCGAGCGUCGGCAAGCUCAUGCGCUCGUUCAAGAAGACGUUCACCCGCCUCGACGGCCUCGUCAACUCGGCCGGCAUCAACCUCCCCUCGCACGAGACGCACCUCGUCCAGCCCGACCUGUGGGACCAGACCAUGAACACCAACGCCCGCGGCACGUUCGCCUUUUGCAAGUACUUUGCGGCGGCCGUCGUCGCCGACGAAGAGUCGGUCGAGCCGCCGACCGGCGGCUAUUCGGUCGUCAACGUUGGCAGCAACGCAAGUUUGAGCGGGUACGCCAGCAGCUCGGCCUAUUGCGCGUCCAAGCACGCCGUCCUCGGCUUCUCGCGAGCCAUGGCCAAGGAGUACGGGUCGCAGCCGAUCCGGGUCAACGUCGUCGCUCCUGGCCCGAUCGACACGCCGCUCCUGCACGCCCUCAGCGACGCAUCCGAGACGAGCCUCGGCGAGACGCUCUCCCAGGUCCCGCUCGGCCGCAUCGGCCAGCCCGACGAGGUCGCCAAAGUCAUCUGCUUCCUCCUCGGGAGCGAUGCGAGCUACGUUACGGGCGCCGUCAUCCCGGUCGACGGUGGGUGGACCGCCUGA